CACAGAUGGGCAUUGACAGGCAUCACUGAUGGACACUGAAAUGCAGCACUGAUAUAUGGCACUGACUGGCACUGUUGGCGGCACUGAUAGGUGGCACUGACGGGUGACACUGAAAGGCAGCUCAGACGGGCACUGAUAUGUGGCAUUGAUGUGCACUGGUAGGUACUGAUAUGUGGCAUUGAUGAGCACUGACAGCUGGCACUGCUGGGGCUACACUGAUCAUCAGGGCACACUGAUCAUCACUGCCCUGAUGAUCACGGUCAGUGUGACAGCUCGUGAGGAGAGAAAUGCUGAUAACCGGCAUUUCCCUGUUUAUAUGUGAUCAGCUGUGAUUGGAU